UUGUGCAACAGACGAUCUUCGGGCGUGAGCCAGUCGUAGAAGUGCGAUCCGACUGAGACGUCACAGUCUGCCGUUGGUCCGGUUCAGCUCCAGUUCAGCUGCUGUGACCCACCGGUUCUUCCCGCGAACACUCGGAACCGAACCUCGUAUCCAGUCCGGACCUCCCGGGUCACAGAACUGUCCGAGCCGGGUUUCACUUUCUGGCCGAGUUAAAGCCGAGAGAAGCCGAACCGGGGCGGGACCGCUGCCGUUAACGUUGGUGACGUCGGUCCGCCUGAGCUCGGCGCGCCGCCUGUUUGUCCGGGACUGAGCGGAACCGAUCCGGACCGGGAGCCCCGCGGUGAUGGAGAGGAAGAGGACGGACUGUCCGGCGCUGCCGCCCGGCUGGAAGAAGGAGGAAGUGAUCAGGAAGUCCGGGCUGAGCGCCGGAAAGAGCGACGUCUACUACUACAGUCCGACAGGGAAGAAGUUCCGGAGCAAGCCGCAGCUGGCCCGUUACCUCGGCAACGCCGUGGACCUGGCCUGCUUCGACUUCCGGACCGGGAAGAUGAUGCCCGGAAAACUGCAGAAGAACAAGCAGCGGUUCCGACACGACGCACAGAACCUGGCCAAGGGAGGCAAACCGGACCUGAACACGGCUCUGCCCAUCAGACAGACGGCCUCCAUCUUCAAACAGCCCGUUACCAAGGUUACCAGUCACCCCGGAAACAAGGUGAAGACGGACCUGCAGAGAGCCGUGGAGCAGCCGCGACAGCUGUUCUGGGAGAAGCGUCUGACGGGCCUGCGGUCGUCGGACAUCACAGAGCAGGUUCUGCGCAGCAUGGACCUGCCCAAAGGCCUGCAGGGCAUCGGGCCGGACUCCGGCGACGACGUCCUGCUGUCGGCCAUCGCCAGCGCCCUGCACAUGAGCUCGGCGCCGAUCACGGGUCAGACGUCGGCGGCGGCCGAGAAGAACCCGGCCAUCUGGCUGAACACGACCCAGCCGCUCUGCAAGACCUUCACCGUGACGGACGAGCAGAUCCGGGAUCAGGAGCUGAAGGUGUACCAGGCCCGCCGCAGCCUGGAGGAGGCGCUGACGGCCGACGGCUUGGCCAGAGCCGCCGAAAACUCCCGGGAACUGCUGCAUGGAAAAACGGCCUAAAGACGGACAGGUCCUCCUGCCCACCAUCCUCAGGGUUUCCACCUUCAACCAAAUCCAGAUUAAACCCGGCCCGCUCCGACCAGAACCCGGUCUGCU